UCUUUAUUCUUUAGAAGUGCAAAAGUAAGAGAGUGGAAGAACUAGUUUCUUCUCUUUCAUUAACAUAUGAUAAGUUAUUAAUGGAAUAUCGCGUGUCAAUUGUUUAUUGAAAUAAAAAGUCAGCCGUUUGCGUAUUUCUGUGUUUAUAUAUAAGAAGCAUCCUGUAGGUAAAUAGUUGAUAAGUAAUCUGAUAAGAAAUAUGUGUUAGUGCAAGAUACACGGCCUGUGGAGAGUGACAUGUAUCUAUUUCCAAUUUAACGUUUGUGUUUGGAUACCUACCUACAUUUUAUGUAAACUUGAUUUAUCUAACUACUCCGAAAGCAUCUUUGCUGCUAGUCAUUUGCAUUGGUGCCUUAUGAUGAUUCUAAUAUUGAUAUCGUUUUAAAAACUAACAGCAAUGGAAUCCUCAACCGAAGUGGUAGGGUUGGGUAGUGACGCUAUUCGCUUUUAUUAUAGCGAAGUAAAAAACGUACAUCAAGAGUUUGAAUUUGAAGACGAAGAACACUUGGUGUUAGAUGAAGCUGAACAAGCAACAGAUUUUCUUCACAAGGCCGAUUUAUCAAGUUUGUCUAAAAUUUAUCAAGAGGGAAAAGAAAUAACGGACGUGCUUGUGAAUAAUACUAUAAAACAACGAAAUUUAACUGAAAAACAAGCGCAAACAAUUAAAUCGCGAGUGCGAACUCUCAAUAAAACUCUUCAUAGUCGUCAACCCAGAAGAAAGCAAAGACAAGAUGUGCGCGAUGUUGCUUGGAGUAACGUCGAGACUUCAAGUACAGGCACAAGGUCGCGAAGUGCAACUCCAGAUUCAUUAGACUCAGUAGGUGCCAUUAACGAAGAUUUAACAUCUGAUGAAGACCAACCCCUGUCUCUGCCAUCUUACCCUUUAGAUCUCAACAACAUGGCACUGAAAGGGAAACUAAAAUGGACCACUAGCGAACCUUUGCACAAUAAAUUUAGCAGGCAAGAUAGAGGAGAUGUCGCUCAUUUAGGAUCAGAAAAUGUGAUACUUAAAGGAUACCAGCCGAUCAAGGAACAUGGGACGAUCAGAGAGAGAAGUGGAAGUGAUCCUUCUACUGACACAAUAAAUACCAUUGACAUUCUUCACCCGGACGUGUUUAGGAAAGACUCAAUUACCUUAAGUAACAAACUGUCACGUAGUCACAAUAGCUUAUUAAUUCCAACGAGUGACGAUGAAAAGGCUUACAAGAGGAAUAAAGACAGAAUCAGUUUUGAGGGAAUUCUCAAACAAAACGAAAACAUUCAUCUACAUCAAUCGUCUUUAGACUUUGACAAAUCGGCUAAGAUAUGUAUCGAUGACCUAUCGGACAGCCAAUAUCAACAUUUGACCCCACUACUUUGGGUGGAAGUAACUUCGAUAUUUGAUCAUUAUAAAAUUCCUAUUGUGAAGAGGAAGGCUAAUAUAAAAAGCAGAAGAGGAAAUGUUUUCGGCGUGAACUUGUCCAGUUUAAUUAUGCGAGAUAUGCCGAGACCUAACGACACCUCGAUGGUACCUCAGAUAUUCCAAAGUAUUUUAUUUCAACUAAAUACUCGUUGCCUGCAAGAAGAUGGUAUACUCCGCAUUGCCAGCCAUCAGCAAAAACUGAAUUAUUUAACCAACGAAAUUGAGGGCAAAUUCUAUAACAACCGCAAGCAUGUCGAACACAUUUUAAAUGAAGCCACUGUUCACGAUCUGACUGGUAUUCUAAAAAAAUUGCUGCGCGAUUUACCCGAUACUGUUUUCACGAUGGAAUUGUUCGAUAUGUUUUAUAAGUGUAGUUUGAUACCUGCGCGGGAAGAACAGAAGAAGGCUUUAAAUUUACUGGUGCUGCUCCUUCCAGUGGAGCACAGAAAUACCCUAAGGUUACUUUUACAAUUUUGCAUAAACGUUAUAAGUCAUGAAGCUGACAAUCGAAUGAAUCUGCAUAAUGUAGCGAUGAUUACGGCGCCUUCAUUUUUUUCGCCACGUUUGCUGCUUCCCAAGGAAAAUGGGAAGUUGAAUUUAAAGUCGUUAUCGAAAGAAGAGCUAGUAAAGCAAAUAAAUGGUGCCGCAGUAUCGUGUAGUAUUGUCGAACAAAUGCUUAAAGCGGGUGAUAAUUUAUGGAUGGUGCCCGCCGACUUAGCAGAGCAAGCCAAAGAGUCCCAAAAGCGAGCGCAAGACCGAAAAGAUCCCGGAAAGGAGAAAAGACUCCGGUACGGAAAAAAGAAACUGCAAAGGAGUAGCACACAAUACGACUCUAGCAUGGUCAGUCCUCGUAUUAAAAAGAGUGAUUUUUAUAUUUAACAAAGAUAUAAGAUAUUACUUUAAACUCAAUUUAAUAAUAAAUUAAUGUUUAACAUUUAUAUCGUAAUUAGCGCACUAUAAAUAAAUUGUUAUUGUGAUUCUAAGUAGAACAAGGUCUUAGUUUGUAGCUUAAAUAUAACAUUGUGCCAAAAUAAAGAUUUAUUUUUAAUUUUA